AUUCGGUUAGGAAUACUUCAUUACCCACAUCGGCACCCUUCCUCCUUCGCUUGAUUCCUUUAAUUUUCAUCUUCGCAUUGUCUUUUUUUCUUCCCGACCUUUGUAAUAUUUUUUGUUGCUCGUUUCAAUUUUUCUUCUGGAGCAGUUGAUUCAACUACAUUUGCUUUCUGGGAUGUGUUUGGUUUCCUAGAAAAUGUAGAACUAAUUGAGUAUUAGCCAUUUACAUUUGAGUAUCUAUGAUUGUUUUGCUGGAAGAAAAUAAAGAAAAUGAAUUUCUGGGUUUUUAGUUAAUUGUGUUUUGAUUUACAUUGUAAAAUGCUAAUUUCGGUUCGAUUAGCCGAACAGUGAGAGUGGUGGUCAUUAUAUGAUUAUAAUCUGCCCAAAUUUAAGAAUUCAAAAUUUGAUUCUGUCAGGCAAUGUCUGUUUGUAAGGAACUGAAUUGGUUAUACUAAUGCGAGUUUUGAUUUGUACGAUUGAUUUUACUGCAGCCGACGAAUCAGAGAAGUUUGUAGAAGCCUCGAAGAAGGGGAAUUUAAUUUCUCUGUCUCGGAGCAUAUUCUCGGAUCAUCUAACUCCUGUUCUUGCUUACCGGUGUCUGGUUAAGGAGGAUGAUAGAGAUGCUCCAAGUUUUCUGUUUGAGUCAGUUGAGCCGGGUUCCAACGACUCCAAUGUUGGCCGGUACAGUUUUAUUGGUGCCCAACCAUCCAUUGAAAUCGUGGCUAAGGAGAACAUGGUUACCAUUAUGGAGAUCGUGGAGGAUCCAAUGACUGUUCCUCGGAGAAUCAUGGAGGGAUGGACACCCCAACUUCUUGAUGAACUUCCAGAAGCAUUUUGUGGCGGCUGGGUUGGUUACUUCUCUUAUGAUACAGUACGUUAUGUUGAGAAGAAAAAGCUGCCAUUUCCGAGUGCACCACCAGAUGACAGAAAUCUUCCUGAUGUUCAUCUUGGUCUUUAUGACGAUGUGAUAGUGUUCAAUCAUGUGGACAAGAAAGCACAUGUAAUUCACUGGGUGCAAUUAGAUCAAUAUUCUUCUGUUGACGAGGCCUUCAAUGAUGGAAUAAAUAGAUUGGAAACAUUGCUAUCUAAAGUGCAUGACAUUAUCACCCCGAGGCUGCCUGCAGAUUCAAUAGAGUUCAACACUCAACUUUUUGGUACUAAAUUGGAGGACUCAAGCUUGACAAGUGAGGAAUAUAAGGAGGCAGUUUUGGAAGCUAAAGAACACAUUCUAGCUGGGGACAUAUUUCAGAUUGUAUUAAGCCAGCGUUUUGAGAGGCGAACAUUUGCAGACCCAUUUGAAAUUUACCGAGCAUUGAGGAUAGUUAAUCCAAGUCCAUAUAUGACUUAUUUACAGGCUAGAGGCUGUAUUCUGGUUGCUUCAAGUCCAGAAAUUCUGACACGUGUCAAGAAGAAAACGAUCACCAACCGGCCUCUUGCUGGGACAGUUAGAAGAGGAAAAACACCUAAAGAAGAUUUAAUGCUGGAAAAGCAGCUUUUGAAUGAUGAAAAGCAAUGUGCUGAGCAUAUUAUGCUUGUAGACUUGGGAAGGAAUGAUGUUGGGAAGGUCUCAAAACCUGGUUCUGUCAAGGUUGAGGAGCUCAUGAACAUUGAGCGUUAUUCCCAUGUCAUGCACAUAAGUUCAACAGUUACUGGAGAGUUACUUGAUGAUUUAACUAGCUGGGAUGUUCUGCGUACUGCGUUGCCGGUUGGGACAGUCAGUGGAGCACCGAAGGUGAAAGCCAUGGAGCUGAUCGAUAAGCUAGAAGUGACUAGACGUGGUCCAUACAGCGGUGGCUUUGGGGGAAUUUCGUUUUCUGGCAACAUGGACAUUGCCCUUGCUUUGAGAACUAUUGUUUUCCCAACUAGCUUUCGGUAUGAUACAAUGUAUUCAUACAAGGACACAAACAAGCGCAGAGAGUGGGUCGCUCAUCUCCAAGCCGGGGCAGGAAUUGUCGCUGACAGUGAUCCAGCCGAUGAGCAGAGGGAGUGCGAGAACAAAGCUGCUGCUCUUGCGCGCGCUAUUGAUCUGGCGGAGUCCUCGUUCGUUGAUAAUUGAAUGCGUUUUUUGCUUGCAUACAGAAUCUGGUUUGUAAUAUAUUAUAUCAGAUGAUGGGAAUGUAUGAAUAAUGUGAGUUUGAUAAAGUGAAAAGAUUUGAUGUUGGGAACUGUAAAUUAUAUCAGAUGAUGGGAAUGUACAUCAAAGUGAGAAGAUUUGAUGUUGGGAACUGCAAAUUUUGAAACCCUAGUUAAUCA